AUGGUCCCUCCGAAUCAGCUCUUUUCUGCUUUCGCUUUUCUCGGGUUCGUGCUGGCCGGGAUCCCGUUGAGGUGGCAUCUUGAACGCUGGAACGCCGGAACAUGCAUGUACAUGAUCUGGGUGAGCCUGGCGUGUUUCGUCCAGUUCGUGAACUCCAUUGCGUGGAACGGCACGACGGCGAACUUUGCCCCUGUCUGGUGCGAUAUAUCUUCACGAUUUGUAAUUGCGACGAGCGUUGCUAUACCUGCCUCUUCGCUUUGCAUCACUCGACGACUUUACCUUUUGACGACUUCAAAAACACUGACGCGCCGAUGGGCUGAUCGGCGGAGAGAACUCUAUAUCGAUCUGGCGAUCGGCGUAGGUCUCCCACUACUAGUCAUAGCUUUAGAAUACAUCGUCCAAUCCCAGCGUUACUCCAUUUUCGAGAACAUCGGAUGCUGGCCAAGCACGUCCAACACCAUCCCGGCCUACUUCCUCGUGUACAUGUGGCCGCUCGCGAUCGGGCUCGUCUCCGCUGCGUACGCCACGCUCACGUUCCGAAUCGCAUUAACACGUAAAUCCAACGUCCUCAACAUCCUCGCGGAAAGCAGCCCACACGUUACAGCAUCCCGAUAUUGGCGCCUCAUGCUCCUCAGCGCGAUGGAGGUUGUGUUUACGGUUCCUCUUAGCAUCGUGCCCCUCGUUGCGAAUGCAAGGCUCGGGGUCGAGGUCUGGCCCGGGGUUGCGGCGAUGCACGAGAACUUUGGGAGCAUUCCGCGGGUUAGCGCUGCGGCGUGGCAGGGGACACCGUCGGUCGCGUUCGGCAUGGAGAUGACACGGUGGUCGAGCGUGUUUUGCGCGUUCGUGUUCUUUGCGUGUUUCGGACUCUCAAGCGAGGCAAGGAGGUGUUAUCGUGGGGCGUACGAGGACUUCAAGGGGUCGAAAACCAUGGUCUCCUCUUGGGCUUGGGGUACGACUGUCGGGUGCUGGCAUGACAGGUCCGUUUCCACCACUGCUUUUCGGGUGAUAAGAUAG